AUGGAUAGUUGGAGUUCUGAUGAGGAAGUUGAGAAAAUGGUAGAAGAGGAGGUUAAUAAUGUAGUGGAGGAGAUUCAGUACCACUACACUCACCCGGAAGUACCACCAGCUCCAAUAGUCCGAAGAGUGCACAUUAAUAGAAACCGCGAAGAAGGCCACAUUCAGUUGUGGAAUGAUUAUAUUAGUGAUAAUCCGACGUACACUCAUGCUAUGUUCCGCCGUCGCUUUAGAAUGAAUAAACCAUUGUUCAUACGUAUUGUAAAUACUAUUGAGAAUGGAGUCCCAUACUUCACACAAAAACGAGAUGCUACAGGAAGACUCGGUCUUUCUGCACUUCAAAAAUGUACGGCAGCUAUCCGUAUGAUGGCAAUCGGAUGUUCGGCAGAUGCGGUGGAUGAAUAUUUACGACUGGCUGAAAUAACCGCCCACAAAUGCCUUGAAAAAUUUGUAGACGGAGUUAUAAAUCUUUUUGGAGACGAGUAUCUCAGAAGACCUACAUCGGAAGACCUCCAACGAUUACUGAAUAUUGGAGAACAUCGCGGUUUCCCCGGAAUGGUAGGGAGCAUAGAUUAUAUGCAUUGGGAGUGGAAGAAUUGUCCAACUGCAUGGAAAGGACAAUAUUCACGUGGGUCUGGAAAACCGACAAUCGUACUAGAACCUGUGGCAUCUCAAGAUUUAUGGAUUUGGCACGCAUUUUUCGGACCACCAGAGGGCCGAGCUCCGAGAGUUACAUACAUUGUCAAUGGACGGCAAUACAAAAUGGCUUACUACCUCACUGACGGUAUCUAUCCCAAAUGGGCAACUUUCAUCCAAUCCAUUACACUUCCACGUGGCCGAAAAGCAAAACUUUUUGCUCAAUAUCAAGAAGCAUGUCGGAAAGAUGUAGAGCUCGAAGACGAACGACAUGACUACAAUUUCUACUAUCCAUCAGAGUUCUAUCACGGGGAAGGAAGCGGAACUUCUCAUGUCGAUUUAGCGUAUUCUACAGAUAUGGCAACAAAUCUAAAUAACAUGAUGGGCAAUCGAAAUGACGUUCAAGAUACAAAAAUGCAUGAUCGUUUGAAAAAAGACUUGAUUGAGCAUAUCUGGCAAAAAUUUGGUGCAAUCCAACAAUAA